GACGAUAGCACACUGGUCAGUGAGGAUUCACAAGAUCGAAGGCGACAUCGAAAGAGGAAAGAUCGAGAUUAUGAUAAGGAGAAACGGAAAGGACCCAGACAGGUGAAACGAGACGAGAAAACACGUGAACCUAAAGGGUCAGUCGUAGCAAUGACUCAAGGUGAACAGCCUCAAGCAGCGAUGCUAAAUGCACCAUGGCCAGGAGGUCCUAUAGAUGCGAGCCAAGGAGGAGGAGGAGGCAUCACUAUCCCUCAACAUAUCAUUAUUCCUCCGUCGAGUGGCACAUACGGCCCAGAUGGUCGACUCCAACCGCAAUCUUAUCAGAUUAAUUCUGAAAUUCGAAUAUGUUAUGAUCAACAUGGACGACCCGUGCCCCACUCGGGCGUGCCCGCAACGGGCACCAUGCCGGUUGGCUUGAGCUCUGUGCCACCACAGAUUCAGUCGGCAGGAAUGCCACUUAUGGCACCCUCUCAAUUCCCAACUAGUGGCGGCGCUCAAGCCCAGCUUCGACCACAGGUGUGUCAGUUAGCACGUAGUUCUUCUCGUAAGUCAGUUCGGUGGCUGGCCUGA